AUGAAAAAUGAAAAUCCACUCCCAAUCCUCAUCAUCGGAGCCGGCCUCUCUGGCCUCACAACCGCCCGUCUCCUCACAAACAGCGGCAUCCCUAACAUAGUCUUCGAAGCGUCCAGUCCAGACCGUAGCCAGGGCUUCGCCAUCAGUCUGCGAGAAUGGGGUUAUGCGAACCUCCUGUCGGCCCUCGGCGGUGUGCCGCUGCGAAGCUUCACGAGAGGCGUUGCGCCCGAUCGACACAUCGGCGGCUCUGGCUGGCUAGACCAGGCGCUCUGGGAUAAUGGCACGGGUGAGAGGCUGAUUUUUCCGGACCCGACGACGAAGCAGGAGAUAGUCCGGGUGAACCGGAACGCCUUGCGCAGGUGGAUUGCGGAUUCUGGCGACGUAGAGCUGGAUGUGCGGUAUGGACAUCGACUGAGAAGGGUUGAGGAGGGUCGCUUGGGCGAUGUAAGGGUUGAGUUUGAGAAUGGGGCAGUAUAUCGGGGGAAGAUGGUGGUUGCUGCGGAUGGAGUGAAUUCGACUGUUCGAUCGCAAAUUCUCCCCAAUGUCGUCCCUGAAAAUGUCCCCGCCGUGCUCUACCACGGCGAGUUUCAACUAUCCAGAACGGACUUCGACCGACUGUUCCGAUCACGCACAGGGAACUCCAAUGUCCUCGCUGGCGUAGGAGACCGCUUCAAUGCCCCGUUCGCCGUCUGCAAUAUAACCAAGACGCAUGUCGACAUGGACUGGUCGUACUCGCGACCUGCCUCCGGCUCUGCGGAGGACGACCCGCUGUAUAGACCUAAUCUCCCAGCUGACGAGGCGAAGCAGAUCCCCCCGGAGCUGCUGGAGGAGCUAGCCUCGCGCAAUCUAGCAGAGCCGUGGAGUCUCUUUCUGAACCCCGACGCGAUUCAAAGUCACCGGCUGUUCCACUGGACUGUCCGAUGUGUGUUUGUGGCGCGGGAGGAAAUGCAGCGUGCUGCUGCUCAGGGUGUCGUCUUUGUGGGCGACUCGUGGCAUGCGAUGCCCAUCUUUGGUGGCGAGGGAGGCAACCAUGCGCUGGUGGAUGGAGUCGAGCUGGCUGCUGCCGUUACUGGAGCUGGGAGUGAUUUGGCCCUGGGGAUUAGAAGUUACUAUGAUCAAGCGUGGAAGCGAUCACAGGACGCUGUUCGACGGUCUAAACAGCGGUUUUAUGCACUGCAUCGGCCAAUGGCGGAAUGGAGAGAGAUUUCGCAGAAGAAGACAUGA